AUGGUAAUGGCGCUAAAAGGGCACUUCUUGGGGCAGAUACCACAACCGAUGCAUAGUGACUCGGAGAGGAAGGCGAUGCGGGACUCGGGAGUGACUUCGAUGCAGAGCUUUCCAGAGCGAACAACGGGACAGGCCUUCUUGCAUUCUUGGCGACACUUCUUGGGCUUGCACUUGUCGCUGUUGACAAUAGCGACACGGGUGAGUUUGUCA